AUGCAGUCAUCGGACUCAUCCCAACCGACACGCCCUCCACGGCUGACGCGGGCGUCGAGUAAGGAGUCUUCAUCUGUCUUAAAGGGAGGUCUGUUGAUGUCAGUGAUCCGGUCGUUGACCUCUUCGCGCGACUCCAUGGAUAGGGACAGAGAGAGGGCUAACUUAGAGCGAGAGUUCAAGGACUGCGACCAAAAGCUGUCGGCGCUCGUCGUACAACACCAUACGGACCUCUUUCAGGUGAUGUCCGCGUUCUCCAAGAUAUCUCAACGUCUGAAGUCCUCGCGCGAGAGGGUUGUCAUCACCAGAGAUAAGCUGCAGACGUGUCAGAAACUACUGCACUGUAAGCGCGACGAACUCAAGAAGUUAUGGCUCGAGUCGGUGGAGAACAAAGUGGUGCUCGAGCUCCUGGAUCGGGUCGAGCGUAUGACUACUGUCCCACAUUCAGUGGACCAAUACAUACAGCGCAAGCACUACCUGCACGCCACACGACUAUUGGUCCAGUCGUUGAAACAAUUGGACACCGAUUUGGUGUCUGUGGACGCGCUUAAAGAAGUGAAGUCCGAUUUGGUGGACAAAAAGGAUUCGCUGUACGAGUUGAUAGUGGAUGAGCUGCACCGGCAUUUGUACAUCAAGUCUACCACAGACCUCGUCAAGCGUUUCAAACGUCACGGAUCUGUGCGACACACGAGUGAUAACACACCGGCGCGCAAGAUAUCAGUGGCGGAUAUACUGUCCCCCGCCGUACAGAUUGGGGUCACAUCUAAAAAACAAAGGACAGCACAAUCCAUGCCGUCGAUGGGCGCCGGAAGUAGUGGUGAAGACAAUGUAGAAGAGGACACGAACAUUACGGAUCCCGAAGAGGACAGUCGACAUUUCAUUGCGAUUUUAAUCAAAUGUUUAGGACUUUUGAACAAAAUUCCUGAAGCGGUCGACACAAUCAAAGAACGUUGCGAUAAGGAGUUGACAAAUAUAGCCAAACGGACGGGCCGUGAGGUAGCGGCCGAUGCGCCCGACGGCUCGGACUGGACGGCCACUGACGGCACUAAAGGGUUGUUCCCAAUGGUGUUGAGCGCAUCGGCUCUGUUAGGCAACUACGAGACUAAACAGAAAACACCUCACAUUCUGCACAACUUUUUGGAUCUACUGUUCCAACAAUACCGCUCUGUCGUCCAUUUACACGAUACAGUCGUGUUGUCUAACCUAAGGCUUAUGGAAUCUACUGGUGUCACCAUUCCUAACAUAUACACAAUACCUGACGUGUGGGCUAGAGUGCAGACAAUAGUUCAGUAUGUGAUGGAUCUGUAUUUGGACGCCAGUGGCACACAUACCGGUGUUAAAGCUAAUCAGACGAUCAGCCAGUCGUCGGUGGUGUCGACGAGCGCCACCCCCGCAGACCUGUCCUCGUAUUUCAUCAAAAAGAGAGGUCUGACGGCAGCCGUCACUACCAUGAAGUCCGUGAAGAAGGCGCCGUUGUUUCGGUUUGACCACUCGUCGCACGCCAUCUCAUUGAACGCAUACUUAGCCGAGCAGAAGGAGGCGCUCAAAGCCGAGGCACAGGGAGGAGCGGGUGGUGACGACCACGCUAUGGAUUCGAUAGACUUCGGACUCAACACCGGCACCGAACGAUACGUUGUGUGUCCGCCACAGCCCGAGAAUAUUGUCGUUAUGUUUAAUCCGUUGAUGAGAUUUGUGCGCGAAGUGGAGGACGAGUUGGAACUGGAGGCCGACGCCGGCAAUCAUUGCCCGCUAUAUCUGUAUCUGAUAUCGUGUGCGAAGACUUUCUGCAAUCAAAUAUCACACGAUUUGGAGCGCACUAUGGAUUUGGCGAACAAAUCGCUCGACGUUUGGAAACUGCAGACCGACGCCGAAUGGCUAUCGGCUGUAGGGCUGACCCGCCCUGUACUGCACAGCACAGCGAUGAUCGAUAGGGCGGUGUUUGAUCUCAAGAACCUGAUGUUUGCUCUGCCCUUAUUUGCCGACGACUUCCUAACACUGAUAUGUCAACUGUUGUCCAAUUAUAAGGAGGUAUGUCUGGCCGGGUAUAGGGCUAUCGUACAGCCGGAACCGGACGACAAGCGUAUCAUAAGCGCCACGUGGGCUAAGGACGAGGACAUCAAUCGAUUUCUCAAGUCUUUGCCCAAUUGGGCCACACUAUUGGGCGCCCAGUCCUCUGCUGCGGACAGACAGCACCGUAAGCCACACGUUCGGCUACUGUCUCAGGAGUCCCGACAGACCUUUGAUGGGGAGUCACCCGAAGAGGUUCGGCUGAGGAAUAUGCGAGAGUCGGAGAUACUGACCAGUAAUCUGUCCCAAGAAUCCUCUAUACCGGCCCACGAGAUACUGACUGAUGUAUCGCAGCUGCGAAUACUCGGUCAGCUUCAGGAGUCUAUGGAGUGGUUGGGCCGCCGGUGCGAUGAGUUGGUCCAGUCUAUGCCCCAGUCGAGUGACGGUAGCUUUUUGGCGCCGUCGGUGACCGAACCCAAGUCCAACUUCGAACUCAUGCCGUUGUCCGACGUGUCGAUCGCCACUCUUAACCAACUGUCCCGUGAUUUCGAAGAGUUGGCCCAGACUUGCCUUCUAGUGCUGCACCUGGAGGUUAGAGUCCACUGUUUCUAUCACUUGUUGCCGUUGUCUCAGAGCCCGUUCGCUAUGGGUAUCGACAGUCAAGAACCAGACCCAGAGGUCAUACGGCUAAACAAAGACUUGGCGGCCAUUGACGAGGCAUUGUCAGUGGUGUUGGAGCCCUGGAAGCUCCGGUAUGUUUUUGAAGGGGUCGGUCAUUUGGUGGCCACCAUUCUCAUCAAUUGCGCCAAUAGUCUGAAGAGAAUCAACAGCAAUGGCGUCAAAAAGAUGUGUCGAAACAUAUUUGUUAUACAACAGAGUCUGACCACU